AUGAUGUACGAAUCUCGUCUCUUUCUGAUUCUCUUCGCCCUUCCAGCUGGUUCUCUUGGAUGGGAUCAUUUUCAGUUCGACACCACACUAUUCUGUAAUUAUAACGAUCGGCCGUUUUAUGAUUUGAAGAUUGAGUGGUGGGAGCAAGAUACAUUAUCGGCGGGAGAAAAAAUCUCAAAUGCAAAAAUUCUUCAAGCGGAUACGGGAAGAUUCAGUUUCACAAUGGAAGGAGCGAUGAACGGAGAUGAGAUGUUUUCAGCGGGAUAUCGCCCCGUUGCGUAUAUCAGUCAUGAUUGUACGGAUGAUGGGAAACGAGUCGAUUUGGUGUUGAGUCUGACGACUCUUUGCGAAGUUGGACACACUUGCCACUAUCGUGUCAUCAAGGAUAUCACCAACACAUGGGGGAAAGAAGACAUGAAACCUGCCGGAUUCCUUCAUGAUAACAUGGAUCCAUUCCCUGAUUUUCCAUGA